AUGAACAACACUGAUGAAAACGACGCACAGCUUCAGAAAUGGGACGAAGAGCGAGACGCGCUCCAGAAGAGGUACUGGUAUCAACAGCGAAAGCUCUACACCUGUCAAUGCAACAUUGCCAGCGGGCCUAUAAAACUUGCCUAUGAAUCAUUGAGGGAGAAUCCAAAAUGGUGGAUGCAAAAGGAAUUGGUCAAGGACUGUGCUGGGCGAGGUGGUUGCUGCGGGCGUGGCUGUGGGUGCUGUGAGAAACGCGAGCCUACUCCUGGACGAAGAAUGGGAGCCGGGCACUGCACUUCUGAAUUCGCAUGCUAUGUGAGCUCUCAGGGAUUUGAGUUCACUACAGAAGAGGAGGACAACAUUAGAGAUGCGCUGAGAGUAACUCUCGACAACUUGGAUUCGAGGGAUUAUCUUCUCACCUUGUCGCACGCUUAUUUGUUAAGGGACAACAAGGUCGAGCAUGUCGAUCUGGCGCCAAAGCGAUCCACAUGGAGGGAAAUUAUCAGAAAACAAUAG